AUUCUUAAACUGGCCGUGUGUGAUUCAACUGGGUCAUUCAUAGUUCUUACAGUCAGAAUAUACAUUUUUGGCUAAUGCUGGAAUGAUUGCCUUUUCUGGAAGUGAGUUCUUGUUGGUAGGUAGACGCUUUUAGUUGGUUUCUACUCAGAAAUUCAUGUUGUUAACUCAUUUUUUUGUGUAUAUCAUUGUGCACAGGAGAUGAUUAUCUUUGAAUUCAGGAACCGAGUUGGGUGGUCUGGUGUGCUUUUCUUCUACUUGGAGUGAUUCAAGGUUGGAGUAUGGGUUUUUCUGUUCAAAAUGAUUGUUGAAGUGAGAAUUUGCGUUGGAAGUCGGAGCAUUAUUCUGUUCGUUAAUGGCGUUUCCUCAGGCCUUGGUGCUGCCGUAGAUGGAUAAUGAUGGAGGGUUCAUCGGAGUCUCGUUGGCAGAAGUCUGAGAGUUCUAGGGAAUUGAAUGCUGUUGUGGUAUCCAGCGGUAGCCUUGGGUUGGUUCACGCCGACAGGGUUGGCGUCUCAGGUGAUGCCUCGAAUAAUGCCAGUUCUGCGAGGUGCACGCCGUGGGAGAAAGAUAUAGAUCGGGUUUUUCUGCCCCACUCUGAUCACCUCGACAACCAGGUCGGCUCUACUGGGGUCUGUGGGGAUGCGGAGACCGUGGGAGCUGUUGCUCACGCAGUAGAACGGGAUGAUGUUAGCUUGAGGCAGUGGUUGGAUAAACCAGACCGAUCUGUUGAUCUCUCGGAGUGCUUGCACAUGUUCAGGCAGAUUGUGGAAACUGUGAACCUGGCACAUGUGCAAGGCGUCGUUGUUCAUAAUGUGCGACCAUCCUGCUUCGUCAUGUCCUCAUUUAACAGCGUUUCCUUCAUUGAGUCUGCUUCAUGUUCGAGUUCAGGUUCUGAUUCAUAUGGUGAUGCCGUAAACAACCAAACAGUAAGGGGACAGAGCUGCUCCUCACCAUCAGCCCAGGACUUGCCUUGUGGGAGAAGUGGGGUUGGUGUUGAAGAUUCCCUGAUUGAGAUAUCUCGCUCUGGUGCUUCCCAUAGGGCAUCGGAGACCAGUUGUUUGCGGUCUGGCAGACCCCGUCUAUCAUCUAUUGAAGAGAGAGAGGAAAAUAAGAUAGAGGAUAGCAGGAAAGUCGAAGAUGCUGAAGAAAAUAAGAAAACAUUCCCACUAAAGCAGAUAUUACUCAUGGAGGCCAACUGGUACACUAGUCCAGAAGAAGUUGCUGGAGCUUCAAGUUCUUUUUCUUCAGAUAUUUAUCGAUUGGGGGUUCUCCUUUUUGAGUUAUUCUGUCCGUUUAGCUCCAUGGAAGAAAAGCUCAGUAUAAUGUCAAAUCUCAGACAUCGUGUCCUGCCCCCUCAGUUGCUGUUGAAGUGGCCAAAAGAAGCUUCAUUUUGUCUUUGGUUGCUGCACCCUCAGCCAAGUACUAGACCAAAAAUGAGUGACGUGUUACAAAGUGACUUCCUCAAUGAGCCAAGGGAUAAUUUGGAAGAACGUCAGGCAGCUAUAAAUCUAAGAGAGGAAAUAAAAGAGCAGGAGUUGCUAUUGGAAUUUCUGUUGCAGAUGCAACAGAGGAAACAAGAAGCUUCUGAUAAAUUGCGCCAUACCAUUGAUUGUCUAUCUUCUGACAUUGAAGAAGUUCUGAAACAGCAAAGCAUCCUAAAGAAAAAAGGGGACUUUUACCUGGAACCAAACAUGGAUGAUAAUUUAGCAUUGGAAAAGGUGGAUCCCCCAUCAUUGAAUCUUGCCAGAGAUGAGGGAUCUACUGGCUUGGGGUCCAGGAAACGUUUCAGACCAGGACUUCGGGUUUCUGAUGAAGAGGAACUUAAUGAGAACCAAUGUGAGGUUCAGAAGCCCGAAAACCUUGAAAGUAUUCUGUCCAAAAGUUCUCGAUUGAUGAAGAACUUUAAAAAACUGGAGGCUGCUUAUUUUUCAACAAGAUGCAGGCUUAUGAAACCAACUAGGAAACCACCUACUACAUGCUUACCAAUCAGUAGUAGUGGCAGGGGUUCGAUUGUGGUAACUGAAGGAAGUUCUGUUGAUAAUGCGGCCUCUAAGGAGGGUUUUGGUGAAGGUAGAAAAAAUGGAUGGAUAAAUCCCUUCCUUGAUGGUUUGUGCAAGUAUCUAUCAUUCAGCAAGUUAAAAGUGAGGGCAGACCUGAAGCAUGGGGAUCUGCUAAAUUCUUCCAACCUUGUGUGCUCAUUGAGUUUUGAUCGUGAUGGAGAAUUUUUUGCUACAGCUGGUGUAAAUAGGAAAAUUAAAAUUUUUGAAUGUGACAUGAUUCUAAAUGAAGACCGUGACAUUCACUAUCCCGUUAUUGAGAUGGCUAGCAGAUCAAAACUUAGCAGUAUAUGUUGGAAUAGUUAUAUCAAAAGCCAGAUUGCUUCAAGUGAUUUUGAAGGAAUCGUGCAGGUUUGGGAUGCUACAAGAGGGCAAGUAUUUAUGGAAAUGAGGGAGCAUGAGAAACGUGUAUGGUCUGUAGACUUUUCUUUAGCAGAUCCAACAAAGUUGGCUAGUGGAAGUGAUGAUGGUGCUGUUAAACUAUGGAAUAUCAAUCAGAGAGGUAGUGUCAGCACUAUUAAAGCAAAGGCCAAUGUCUGCUGUGUUCAGUUUCCUCCUGAUUCUGCACGUUUGCUUGCAAUAGGUUCAGCAGAUCAUAAGAUCUAUUGCUAUGACCUUCGUAGCAUAAGAGUACCUCUGUACACAUUACUUGGUCAUAGUAAGACUGUGAGCUAUGUGAAAUUUGUAGAUUCGACAACUCUUGUUUCUGCAUCCACGGAUAACACACUGAAGCUUUGGGAUUUAUCAACUAUCACAUCUCGAGUGCUUGACAAUCCUCUCCAAACCUUCACGGGGCACACUAAUGUAAAGAAUUUUGUGGGCCUUUCUAUAUCUGAUGGAUACAUUGCUACAGGCUCAGAAACAAAUGAGGUUUUUAUCUACCACAGAGCUUUCCCCAUGCCAGUGUUGUUGUCCAAAUUUGGUAAUACGGACCCAUUUUCUGGCCAUGAAGUUGAUGAUGCCAACCAAUUCAUAUCCUCCGUGUGUUGGCAUGGUCAGACCUCCAUGCUUGUUGCAGCCAAUUCAACUGGGAAUAUCAAACUGUUAGAGAUGGUCUGACUUGGUUAUCUAUGGGAAAUAAUUCAAAAACGUCCCAUUGAAGAAAGGGGGGGAAUGGGGAACAGAGAAAAAGGACUGGGGAUGUCAACGAGUUUAUAGAUAUAUA